GUGGCGAGCGCGUGGUCGCAUCUCGUCCUGGAAAAGUUGCCGAAACGCGAACUUCGCGCAGUCCGGGAGUUGCUGCGGAAGUUUUGCCGCGGAAAUUCGGGUAUAAUAUUCGUGAACAUUUAAGAUCGUGGGACUUUUUUGCCGCUAAUGGUCGUUGAAUCAAGAAUUGCGAUGGCAUAGAUCACAAAUCAGACGUAGUCAAAACAUGCACCUUGGCAGUUAUCUGCCCGCUGGCUGUGCUUUUGGGUUCAUUUUCAUUCACGUCGCAACUUUCACGACAAUAUUGCCUUCCUGUCCACCCGAAUGCCUUUGUCUAUCGCAAACACAGGUUUUGUGUAACUCAGGCGGAUUGCGCGACAUCCCGCUGAAGCUGCUUCCAUCCACCGUGGAGCAUUUGUCGUUAACGAGAAAUCAUUUCCCAAUUAUUAAAAGCGACUCGUUCGCAGGGCUCAGGUACUUGCGGAAGCUUUCGUUGGACGGGAACAACAUAUCAAUUAUUAAGCCCUUCGCUUUCAGGGGCCUGCCACGUCUCCGCGAUCUGUCAAUUCAGCAGACUCCACUCGAAACCGUCGCUCAGUUCGCGUUCGCCGGAUUGCAGAACAUAACGUCGAUCUAUCUGAGCCACAACAAGAUCAGGAGGGUCGAGGGUUACGCGUUCGCCGGCACGACGAACCUCAGAUCUUUGGUGCUGACUAACAAUCCGAUUACGAAACUGGAUAGCAACGCGUUCAGCGGUUUAACAAACGUCGAGCGAAUAAGCUUCCCGUCAGGGAUAAGAGUGCUCGAGCCCGACUGCUUUAACGGAUUAGACACGGUAGGUUACAUCAAGCUGGCGUUCAUGGACCUGCCCGGCCUCAAGAGGGGUAUUUUCCGAGGCCUAACCAACAUCAACGUGUUAUCGAUUCAAGAAUCGGACCUCGGCAACAUCGACGGCGACGCCUUCGACGAAAUGACUUACGUCCGUACGUUAAACUUUUUAAAUAACAAAAUCGACUCGGUCCAGUGGCUGAAUUGGACUGUCGAGCAGCACAUCGGCCACGUAAAAUUCCAGGGUAACCAUAUAUUAGAGGUACCGAGACCGGAAACUCUUCUGGUUGAAGUCGAGAAACUAACUGUGAUAUCGAACCAUUUUCCGUGCGACUGCCAUAUCCAUUCCCUCCUGGACGGGCCGUUAGCGAAUGGCAGCAUGUUGGAGUUUAUAUCGAAAAAUUACUGUAUAUCGCCGUUAGAAGUAAACGGAAUGCCCAUGAGCAACAUCGAUAUAGAUUCCAUCGGUAGAUGCCAGGAGGAGGUGACCCGGGGGAAUCUCGAGGCGUCGAAAGACACUGCCGACGGAGCGUCAGCGCUCUAUUCCUGUUGGGCCUAUUUCGUGAUGUGCGCGGCGGAAGUUUUAUGGAUUACGUGAAGUUCAGAGUGACGGAGCGGGAGUUUAGGAACUGCUGACUAAAAAAAAUGUGAUAUUAAACUUGUAAAUAAGGACCGUUUUCGUUGUGAUCGUUUCGUAUAGCCGUUUCGCGUGUUGGACGGGCUUUUUAUUUAUUUUCAGGGCGUUAAUAUACAGGGUGUCUUUGUACGUUUGAUGGUUUUACAGGUGUCACAAACAGAAAUAUUGUAACUCUCUUGGAUUUUUAGAUAGAUAGAUUUUCAAAAUUUGACUUAUCGAAAAGGUAAAAUCCAAGAUAAAAGUUAAAAACUUGCAUGUUAAUGGACUUUCCGAUGAAAUAGAUUUUUUAUUAAUUACUUAAAAUUUUUAAAAAAUGACUUUCAUAAAGCUUGGCCAUGCUUAUUUGAGGUCAUAAGAUCCUUUAUUUAACGUAAUUCUUCAAAAGUAACCCGUUUUGUAAUUAAAUGUAUUAGUGCGAGGAAUAAGGUUUUUCGUUUAUUUUUGAACGAAAAAAGUAAUUUUGAUUUGCUCCUACCAAAGAAAUUAUGAAAUGUUUUGGUUGAUAAAAAUGUUUUAUAUUGAAUUUUGAGACAACCUGUAUUUGUAUCACUUAAUAAUACGACCCCAAUGUUGUAUUGUAUAAGGUUAGAUUAUUAAUGAUAAAUUACAUUGUUUUAAAUGGGACUCCGUAAUUUAUACUUAUUUUGAUAGUUCAGUUAAAAGUAACACAACUAACCAAAAUGGUUCCAAACAAAACUACUAACCAUCAAACUAAGCAACAAUAUACGACCUUGAUCCAUUCAAAUUGUCCAAAACUUUUAUACAAAACAUUUUAAUAAUAGUUGUUAAUAACCUAGGUUAGGAGCAAAAUUUUCAACCGUUUCGAAUACAUUUUGCUCCACGAAACAGCUAUACGGAUUAUAUACCAAACUGUAAAUAAAAAUCGUUUUCGAAAACUAGUUGUCAAUGGGUAAGCGCUUCAUCUGAGAUCGUUGAAUAUAUUUGUGUUUGUCCAUAUCAAAUAAAGUUGAUCUUUUAUUGUAUCAGCCUUUGAAGUGUUUUGCGGUACCUAUUUGGAUUCAGAAGAAAGGAAUUGAUAACAUACCUUGAAAUCGGUAGCUGACAUACAAAUAAACAGUGCGCGGUAAAUAUCUGUUCAUCAAAAACCUAUAUGUGCGUUAAUGAGCUAAGGAAAAACAUUAUACAACAAUAAUGCAAUGCAAUAAUAAACAGGAUUUUCCAUUUUAAAUGUAAAUUUACAAAUCUUCAUCGCGAAACGUCACCAGGAGGUAUCCAAAAGAUUUGUAAAUAA